AUGUCAAGAUACUGCCGUAGCUUUAUUUCCAAGGCUGUUGAAUCCAUUACAAAGUUUUCUAACAAUGCAAACGCAAAACUAUUGGAUUCCUCUAGAAUGUCUUCGCUCAAAUCAGUUUUAGAUAGUAACCGUCACUUUGACAUAAUAAAAUCAUCCUACGAAAAAUUGGGUAGCUGUAUUCACUCCAAGAUAGAUACAUCCGUGGACAAAUUUUCUUUAUUAUACGACAAAGUAUCUGGCAGAGAUGCUGUCAGAAAAGCCGGUGUUGAGCUCUUACAGGUUCACAAGGCCGAACAAGAUUUCGUGGCUUCACAGCUGCAGAGGCGAACGCUCCAGCAGGCUUUGUUUGACGUGCAAAAGAAACGCAAUGAAGUAAAUAAGCAGUUGGAUGUCGUUUCACGUGCUGAUGACUCCUUCCUUUCCUUGAUCACCAAGGAGCACGAAUUAGCUCGGGAAGAGGCCCAGCUGGCAUCGCAGCAUCAUGAGGCUGAUCUUGUUGAACGCGCUACGUACGAAAAGUUUACGAGUCUUUUGCGUUAUAUGCAUGUAGAAGAACGGAACUAUGAUAUGCGAAUGCGUCAAUGGGCACUCCUUGGUUCAGUAAUCGUAGGAUUCUUUUCUGCAUUCGCAACAUGGCUUCGAUUCCACACAGCACAAUCUACUGACUUGCGCGACAGUGUGGAAAAAGUCGGAGAAGUUUAUACCUCCCAGAUGGAAGUUGCGUCGAAGCUAAAUUUGCUCUGUUCAGCACUUCAGAAACAGGGUGAUUUUCACGACAGUGUAGAAAAAGUUCAAGAGGUGUAUUCUUCUCAGAUGGAGAUCGCGUCGAAACUGAACUUGCUUUUUGCAACACUCCAGAAACGCUUGGAAAAGGAUAGUGAAGGACUUCAGCCCGUGGGAUCGUCAUCUCCAACUGGAAUAUCAGUUGUCAACACAGAAGAGAUGAGCUUUAAAACGAAGCUUUUAUGUGUAACCUCUGCUUGUGUCUUGGUCUACGCAAUUUGCUGGCUUUCCCGCCCCUCUAGUUUAUUUAUUUUGUCCAUACCCGUGACAAUCCAGUGCGUUGUAUAUUUUUUCCAACAAAAUAUGAUACUUCUUUCCGUGAACAGUGGCUGCUUGGGAAAGUUAAAUGGACCAGUGACCGCGGAAAUCAGCUGUUUGCAGUCGAUAUCUCCGCGUCGUAGACGUAAUGAGGAUUUUCAAAUUAUCGAUCCGCCACUCGCAAAGUCGACAACUCGACACUUUCGGAACAGUCUCGGCUGCGUCAACUGCAACUGCUAUCUUUCAAAAUGUAUCCACAUUGGCCAGGGUGGUUGUCAGAUUGGAAACGCCUGUUGGGAGCUCUACUGCCUAGAGCAUGGAAUCCAGCCUGAUGGUCAAAUGCCUAGCGACAAGACAAUUGGAGGUGGAGAUGACUCUUACUCGACAUUCUUUAGUGAAACUGGUGCUGGAAAACACGUUCCUCGAGCAAUUUUUGUCGACCUAGAACCCACUGUUAUCGAUGAGGUGCGAACCGGGACUUAUCGUCAGUUAUUUCAUCCCGAUCAACUUAUUACCGGGAAAGAGGACGCAGCUAACAACUACGCUCGUGGGCACUACACAGUAGGGAAGGAAAUGGUGGAUCUAGUUCUCGACAGAACUCGCAAAGUUGCAGACCAAUGCACUGGUCUCCAAGGUUUCCUCAUAUUCCAUUCGUACGGAGGUGGUUCAGGAUCUGGAUUCACUUCCCUGCUUAUGGAACGGCUCAGUGUAGAUUACGGAAAAAAAUCGAAGCUGGAAUACUCCAUCUACCCUGCACCUCAGAUCUCCACGGCUGUGGUUGAACCUUACAACGCCAUUCUUUGCACACAUUCAACCAUCGAGCAUUCAGACUGCUGCUUCACGUUUGACAAUGAGGCUUGCUAUGACAUAUGCCGACGCAAUCUCGACAUUGAACGUCCGACUUACACCAAUCUGAAUCGCAUUAUUGCUCAGGUGUGCAGCUCACUAACAUCAUCGCUGCGUUUCGAUGGAGCCCUGAAUGUGGAUGUCACAGAGUUUCAAACAAACCUGGUGCCUUAUCCAAGAAUUCAUUUUCCUCUAGUUACUUAUGCACCUACUGUAUCAGCUGAAAAGGCCUACCAUGAACAACUCACGGUUCCAGAACUUACUAAUGCCUGCUUCGAACCAGCCAAUCAGAUGGUUAAAUGUGAUCCACGCCACGGAAAGUACAUGGCUUGUUGUAUGCUCUAUCGCGGAGAUGUUGCUCCCAAGGAAGUCAAUGCUUCCAUCUCCACCGUAAAGACCAAGAGGACCAUCCAGUUCGUCGACUGGUGUCCAACCGGCUUUAAGGUUGGCAUCAACUACCAACCACCUACUGUGGUUCCAGGCGGUGAUCUUGCGAAGGUUCAACGGGCACUAUGUAUGAUCUCCAACACAACAGCGAUUGCGGAGGCCUGGGCCCGUCUGGACCACAAAUUUGAUCUGAUGUACGCCAAACGUUGCUUCGUUCACUGGUAUGUCGGUGAAGGCAUGGAGGAGGGCGAGUUUUCUGAGGCUCGUGAAGAUCUGGCAGCCCUGGAGAAAGACUAUGAGGAGGUAGGACAAGACAGCGUGGAGGGCGAGGGUGAAGAGGAGGAGGAAUACUGA